AUGAAGUCUUUUACCACAGCCCUUUCUCUGGCAGCCGGCCUGUCCCUGUCCUUCGCGAGUCCUACCCCAGCCGUCGCCCCUAGGCAAACGAACAACUCCAAGAACCUAAUCGUCUUCGGCGACUCCUACUCCACUGUUGGCUUCUGGCCUGGCGGCACCCUCCCCGCCGCCGGCAACCCGCUCGGAAACCCGGCCCUCCCCGGUCAGACCACCUCCAGCGGCCUGAACUGGGUCGGUCAACUCACAAGCACCCUCAACACCUCGCUUGUUUUGACCUACGACUUUGCUGUCACUGGCGCCACUACCGACAAAGAGAUCGUCACCACUUACGCCCAGUAUUGCGUCGAUGACCAGGUCGACCAGUACAAGCAGUAUGUCUCGAGCAAGGUCAACAAGGCCAACACCCUAGUCGCCAUCUGGAUCGGCAUCAACGAUGUCGGCGAGCCCUUCUGGAAGAGGACCUCCGCCCCGGUUGCGAAGAUCAUGGACCGUUACUUUGAGCUUCUGCAGACCCUUGCCGAUGACGGCCUGAAGAACUUUGUCCUGCUCACGGUUCCUCCUUUCUCCGACCAGAUCCCCGCCAUGAUCGGCCAGUCCGAGACCGACCUCCAGCGCCUCCGCAACGACAUCACCGCCUACAACAAGGCCCUGAACGAUCGCCUCACCACCUUCAAGUCCAAGAACAGCGGAGUCAAGGGUCUCGUCUUCGACACCAAGCCGUCUUUCGACACCGUCGUUAAGAACUUUGCCCAGUACGGCGCCAAGGACGCUACCUGCUACGGCUCCAGCAACUGCCUCUGGGCUGACAACUACCACGCCGGCCUGGCCAUUCACAAGUUGCUUGCGCAGAACCUUGUCAAGGGCGUCGCAGCGAACUUCGUCUUCUAG